AUGAUCUUCACAAAUCGUUCGAGUGCUGGAGAGCUUUUGGGGAAUCAAACAGUGACGACAAACUAUCGUCACUACUCUGAAUUUGAGCUUAAUUUUCUGACGAUUGGAUCGAUUAUCGUUCAAAUCUUGUCCUUUUUCAUUGCCUUUUUUCUCCCAAUGAGAGAAAUCACCGGCUCGAUAUUCAGUCAACGAAAAGUCACCACAAUGAGAGAGCAAUUGGAAGCUUUUCUCAAAAAUCUCUUCGAUAUCGACAUUCUAUUGUUGGUUCCAUUCCAUAUUUUUGCUGGAAUGUAUGUCGCUUUUUUGCUCACCGUUUACCCGACGACGGUGUUGUUUACUAGUGAUUUUGCGACGUAUCGAGACCUUGUUGGCUACAUUUGCAUGGCGUUAGCAGUUGGAGAAAUAGCAAGUAAAGAU